AUUCAACAAUCAAACUUCUCAAAGUAUGCUCUAUGAUUUUGACGACCACAAUUUAUUCAUCACUCCCAAAAUUGCUUAUUUUCCAACAGCAAUGGGAGGAGCAUCAAGACACAUGAUGGUGAACGGAAGUAGUCACAGAAUCGCUGUCAAGAUCAAGUGCAGUGAUAAUGAAUUGUUUCGCGUAUCGCCGGUAUAUACACUUCUUGAACCAGGAAAUGCGCAAAGAUUACAGAUAGUUCGCGAUCCAGGGCCAGCGAAGACAGAUAAAAUUGUGGUGAUUUAUAAGACAACAUGCGCAAGCAGUGCUAGAGAUGCGUUCGAAUGCGAUUUAGGAGCUGAACGAAAAGUUAUCGCCUUAAUAGCAAAAGAAGACGUUACCAUGUCAAUUGCACCGACAACCAAUUUAAAAUCAAUUUUAAGGCAAAAUGUUCAAAAAUGUUGACUUUCAAUGUUUGAUCAUUUCCCAGUAAAUAAAUCUUUUCAUUCAC